GAUGGUGGACCCAAAAGAUGAACAAACGCAAUGAACAAACGCAAUGAAUUUCCGCAUUACCUCCGAUUGGCGGACCCAAAACAUGAACUUCCGCUUUGCGAUGCCAGAACAGUAGGUGGCGGUAUGCACCUAAACUUUCUGACGGCAAAAUUUACAGAAGAAGAAGAACUCUCAGGAAGUUUGAAAAGAAGCAAGCCGUCCGCAUUCAUUCAAUCUCACCUCCGACCCACUCAAACUAACCCUAACCCUGCAUUCCAUUGUUUCCAUCAUGGGAAAUCUAAGUGACGCUCUCAAAUUAACAGGAACAUUGCGCAGAAGAUAUGGCCUGGGCAAUGGACUGAGAAAACGGGCAGAGAUUUGGAGGUAUUUGUGCAUGCUCUAUAUUACAGUUGAAAAGUGUAUAACAGCUUUCCAAUGCUGUUACUUGUGGCGAACACCUUUUUGCUUGAGUUGAUGCGUGCCCGCAGGUGGAAUAAUGUCACAUGUCACACCGUCCAUAUUUUCUGUUGUUUUGAUUUAUUUACUCAUUCAUCAUUUUAUGUAAGACAAAGACACAAGACCACUUCACACGGUCAAAAAACUGUUCGGCUUCCCAGGUGUGCGCACCUGUCCUAAUCAACCCACCCAUUAAAUAGACAGGCACAAUAGCACCAUCUGCUGGCACAAAAAAUACAUAACAAUAAACUGCAAAACCCCAAUCUGGCUCCUACAAAGUCUAUGUGACAAGAUGAUUAACGUUUGCUUUUGUUAAAUCAGGGCUUCCCCAGCCAGGACUUCGGCUCAGACUGUGGCAUAUUCAUGUUGAUGGUAGGUCAUAACGAGCUGUAAUGCACAAAUAUUGUAUCUAGAAUAACUUUCCAAUAUGGACUUUUUUAAAGUUAUCUCACAUGUUGUCUCAUAAUUUUUUUUUUUAAAGUCUGCCAUGUACAUCGUUAUGGAGUCACAGUUUGACUACUCAGUUGUAAGUACUUUUCAACACGCAGUGUCAUCCUCAAGAUUGUAUUUUGUAUUGUGCACUAAAAUGAAAUACAAACAACAAUUUCAGCAUGACAUGCCUGUUUUGCGGCGAUGGUGGUGCCUGUUGCUCCUGGAGAACAAUUCUUUGAACAGGUAGACAGUUUAAGUAAACUAGAUGUCCUAAUUAACUGGAAGACAAUCAAUAUAUUGUACUUAAAGAUAUAUUGUCAUUACAGUUGUGGGAAAAUCUUCGCCCACUGGACCAAAGAAUGUCAAGAGCUCAUUGCUGGAAAGCAUACUCCGGUCUUCAGUCUAAAGAGGAAGGCGGAGCAGCAGGACAUAGAGGUUAGAAAAUUGCCUUGUAAAAACAGUAUUAUCUCAGUGGGAGUCCUUCAAAAUGCACACAGUUGUAUGGAUCAACAUUGUCUCGAUGUAUUUGGUAAUUGAUGUUACUUUUCAAAUUGCCUUGUCAAGGAAACCAUGACGCAGACGGCAUCGGAUGUCCAAAGAAUGUGCAUGGCAGAUUCAAUGCAAUUCUGUGUCUACCAGACAUCGAACAACACAGGAGAGAGGUGUGUUGCAGACUCAAUUUAAUAAAUGCAAUUAUCGGGGCCUAUUCAGUGAUUUUCCAUGAAGUGACCACUUUUACAUAUAGUUUAAAUGCACGAAUCAUGCAGGAAAAUUAUUUAUACAUUCAAAUGUGCUGUAGAGGUAUAAUCAAUUGGACAGUGUGUUUGUUUGAUAUUAUGUUUG